AACAAGAGUAGCGUUAGAUGAAUAUAGAAUAAAUAAUUCAUAAAUUAUAUCGCAUAAAUAUAAAGUCAUUUAGUAUAUUUACUAUUUUCAAAAGCUUUUAAAUAAAAUUCAACAAAAAACUGUUGACAUGACAUCAGCAGCAUCAGCCGUUCCCCCAUUGAAAUGCAACACAGCCGAGUUCACUCCCAACUCAAAUGAAACUUUAUAUUUGGCUUUAUAAAAACAUUUUGUUAUGCGGAUUACCAAAGACAAAGAACAGGUUUUUAUUCCAAUCGGUUCUUUUCGAUGCGAAGAAGACACCAAAAAGUAUCUUCCUUGUAACAUUUAUAAUCAGAUAUUUGAUGAAAUAAGCGAUGGUUUGAAAUUGAGUGAGCUUGUUCAAGUAAACAAAGAAAAUGUUUAUUUAAACCACGCUGCAUUUGGGCGAGCAUAUCGCGAUGUGGUUACUUUGAGUUUGCUACUAAAAAGUUUCGCUGAGGAAAAUCCUGAUGUAUUUUACGACCAACUUUGUUUGCCACUCACAAACUAUACCUAUAAGAUUUUGUAUGAAUUUUUCAAAAGCGAAAAUGUUCUCCUCGUUCCAAAUUGCACCUUUGGCAUGAAUGCUGUUCAAGAUUAUUUGAUAAAAGAAAAAAAAUAUUCAACGGCAGCAAUAUUGAACCCAAUAUACGGUGCAACAAGAAAACAAUUAGAAACUCUUGAGUAUGACGGUUUUUUAUCUGAAAUUGUCUAUAUUUCUCCUGGUAUAAAUGCAUUGCUGGAGGAAAAUCCUAGCGUAAUUUUAACUUCUCUUACAAAGGCAUACAACGAAUGCAAUUUUGAAAUUUUAUUUUGCGAUGCAAUCGCAAGCCAAAGUGGUAGAAUAUUACCUCUAAAAGAGAUUAGCAGUUUUUGCGCUUUGCACAAGAUUACUUUUGUUGUUGACGGAACACAAUGUUGUGAGCUACUGUUUGAAGAUAACAUCCAGCUACUUGAUCAUGUUGAUUAUUUUGUGAUGAGCACGCACAAAUGGAUUGGAAAUACUAAAUCAUGCGGUAUUAUUCGUUUUAAAAAUAUUGAAGCGUGUCCGAGACCUCCUGCAAUAUCAUUUGGUUGGGAUAAUUCUGAAGGAAAAUCACACUCUCAAAUAAAAGCAGGCUACAUGUGGCUGGGUAUGCUAGACACAUAUAUUUCAUACAUAACUUUGUCAAAAGCUAUAAAAAUAUUCAAAAAGUAUGGCAGAGCUCAGUUGCAAUACGCUGCAAGCUUAUUAAAUCGUGGGUUACUGAACAAUUUAGGAGUUAAACCGUUAUUGCCGGAAACAAACGAUAGAAGGGUAAUAAACAUCUUUGAUUUGAAAAGUUGUCAGUUUUCAUCAAUAAAAAACUUAAAUGAUAUACAAAAAGCAUUUCAAGAGUAUGGUUUAUUUGUUUCUGUUAAAUCAACUGAUCAAGACUGUUUCAAUAACAAAGUCCUAAAUAAAGAUAUUACCGAGACAACUAAAGAAGAGAAACGUAUGAAUCUUAAAAAUGAUGUUCGCAACGGAAUUAACAGUUAUAUUGCUAAGGAAGAGCAAGAAACCGAAAUUCCUGUAUGUACAAGAUCUUUCAAUAAGUAUAUACGAAUAUCUUGUUGGUCUUACAACACAAUUGAAGAUUUUGAGUAUUUUGCAAACAUAUGCAACAACAAUCUUUAUUUGUCAAAAACAACUGAUGCUGGAUUACGUCGACAAUUUUUGCACAUCUAUGAUCUUUAUGAAAAACUCUUUUCUGUAUUAAAAACAAAAGCAUUUUUUAUAAGAGCCGAACGUCUACGUCAUCAUCUCAUUUUUUAUUAUGCACACACUGCAGUGCUUUACAUAAACAAACUUGUAGUUAGCGGUUAUUUAGAUUCAAAAAUGAGAAUUGAUCCAUUCAUUGAAUCAAUAAUGUCUGUAGGUGUAGACGAAAUGUCUUGGGACGACUUACUUGAAGAUAACUACGUUUGGUCUAAAUAUUCGGAUGAGCAACUGGCAGAGUAUCUUAACAAAAUUAAAAUUUAUCGACAACAGGUUAAAAAAUUAAUAUUGCAGCUACUUGAUAAUCAACCAAUAAACUUACCAAUCAAUCCUAGUAGUUUGCAUUGGGUAAUAUUAAUGGGAAUAGAGCACGAAAAAAUUCAUCUCGAAACAAGUGCUGUUAUAAUUUCGCAAGUACCCCUCCACCUAAUAAAAAAGAAACACAAUUUUAAUUUUCUGAUGUACAAAUCAGAAAAAACAAAUAAAACUUAUGAAAAUUUAUAUACUUCAUGUAAAAAUGUUUUAGUUGACAUUCCCGGAGGAAAGGUUUUAAUGGGUAAAGAUAAUUUAGAAAGUGACUUUUUUGGAUGGGAUAAUGAGUUUGGAUCAGAAGAAAAGAUUUUGAAACCUUUCAGAGCUAGCCAGAUGCUCGUUUCUAAUGCGGAAUAUUUAGAGUUUGUUGAAGCUGGUGGCUAUACAGAAUAUGGUAAAAAAUGGUGGUCUACAGAAGGUUGGCGUUAUGUCACUGACUUAAAUGUUACAAUGCCACGAUUUUGGGUGAACAAAUUUACUUAUAGAUUGCUUUUAGAAGAGAUUCCGAUGCCAUGGGAUUUUCCAGUUGAAGUAAAUAAUUUAGAAGCAGAAGCUUUCUGUAAUUGGAAAAGUGAAAGUAGUGGAGUUAAGGUGCGACUCAUAUCUCACGAAGAAUCUUUUCAUAUGAGAUUAUUAGUACAAAACGAAACAUCAAACACAAAUCUUAAUAAAUUUGGUUCACCUACUCCUGUAAAUCUUUAUGGAGGUCUAAUAGCAGGUAAAAUGGUUUACGACGUUUCAGGGAAUGUAUGGCGUCAUAGCGUUUCCGUUCUCACUAUAAUGAACGGAUUUAAAAUGGAUCCUCUCUACGAUGAUUACACCCUUCCAACAAUUGAUGGAUUUCACAAUCACAUUUUAGGUGGGUCUUGGAUUUCACUAGGCAAUUUGGCAAACGUUAAUGCACGAUAUGGCUUUAGAAGGCAUUUCUAUCAAUAUGCUGGUAUUCGAUACGUAGAAAGUGAAAACAGUUUUCAUAACAGAGUCCAUAAAAUGUUUGAUAACUUGGUUAUUGGAGAAAAAUUGACUGAGCACUAUACUGAUUUUAAUGGAGAAACUUUGGUCAAAAAGAAACCUGUUUUAAAUUGGCCUUAUAUCCUUGGUAAUAAAACUGCUGAGCUUAUUAACCAAAAUAUUCGCAAAAAUAAUCAAGAAAGUAAACUUAAAAUUUUAAUAGCUUAUGGAGGAGCUGGACGAGUUACAUUAGAAAUUUUAAGAAAUUGCAGCAAUCUAGAAAUUGAAUUUACCGAUAAAACUGCAAACAACUUGCAACUUUUAGAAAGCCUUCUACGCGAUUCAUCAGUAAGCUGGUUUCAAAAACUAGAAGGAGAGAUAACAGAGUCAAAAUCUUACCACCUCGAACCUACUGAAUGUGAAAAAAAACUUUUAGACGAAAAAAACAACACAAUUUUGUUUUUUCAAGCUGACUACAAAAACAUGAAGCCUACUUUAAAAGAUUAUGAUUUAGUUGUUGCAGAUUUCAGGUACAAAAAUGCGCAUGAGGAACUGCUUGAAAUAACCAAAAGAUUAAAAAUAAACGGAUUGUUGGUAUUAGGUAGCAUUGAUGACGUAAAUACUGAGUUAUUUGAUACCAAUCACUCGUUAAGCGUUUUAAAAAACAAUUUUGAAUGUCUGGAAAAUAUUAGCGAGCAUCCGCACAUAUACAAAGAAACUAGAAACAAACACAAAUACGCCAUAUCUUACUUAUCAAUUUGGAAAAAAGUUUCUGAUUUUGUAAAAAGUACUCAUGUUCCUUCAGUUGACGACGAAGAUAUAUUGACGACUGCACAAUAUUACGAAGAUGAAAAUAUUUUAAGUUCAUAUGAGGUGUUUCAUUACGGAGAUGGACUUUUGUCUGUUAAAAACUUCCCUCUGCAUAUUGCCGAAGUGUGCAUAAAAGCUGCACUCAAAUAUAAAACUGGUUUAGAUAGAGCUUUAGACGCAGGUUGUGGACCAGGGAGAACUGCAAUUGAACUUAGUGGUACUUUUAAGCAGGUUAUGGCAUAUGAUUAUUCAAAUGGGUUUGUUGAGUUAAUGAACACAAAAAAAAAGGAAAGAAAUAUUUUGAAUCUCGUAACUUUUCAAGGUGACUGUCAUAACCAAAAAGAGAUAUGCGAUGAUAAAAUGUUUGAUCUAAUUCUUGGUUGUAAUCUCAUUGAUCGAUUGCAUUCCCCACAGGAAUGGUUGAUUCAAUCUAAGGGAAUGUUGAAAAAAAAUGGAAUUUUGGUUAUUUCUUCUCCAUACACAUGGUUAAAAGAACACACAGCAGUUAAUAAAUGGAUCGGAGGAAUUAAAAAAAAUGGAGAGAACUAUUUUACACUUGAUGGAUUAAAAGAAAUUCUAUCACCAGAAUUAGCACUUUACGAAACUAUUAGCAUACCAUUUGUUAUUCCCGAUGCAGACGGAACUUAUCAAUAUACGUACAGUAACUGCACAAUAUUUGGUGCCGUAAAAUAAACCGUUAACAAUUUUAUAUCAGUUAUAUCAAAUUUAAAAUUUGUUACAAUAAAAAUUUUAUACUUUCAUUAGAAAAAAUUUUUUUAAUUCUGUCUUAAAAA